AUGCCUGCAGAGCCCCCAGGAGAUGUCGACUACUCAGCCUCUCUGAGUCCGGAGACUAGUCUAGAGAGCUCUGAAACAAUUUACGCAGAGAAAGAUAUAUUUCAGGUCGAAGCAGCCACCCUCGGCUCACUAGACAGCGGGCCGGAAGCGGGCCACUUUCGCGGCAAAGAUGACAACUUUGUGGACUGGGAUGGACCCGACGACCCUCAGAACCCCAUGAACUGGUCUAAUGUACGAAAAUGGGUUAUCAUUGGACUGAUCGCCUUGAGCAGCUUCAACGUCUCAAUGGUGUCGACCGUCUUUGCCCCUGGUGUUCCAGAUGUCAUACGUGAAUUUCAUAUCAACAGCUCAUCUAUCUCAUCUCUGAUGAUCUCAGUGUAUGUGAUGGGGUCUGCUAUCGGUCCUCUCAUCUUGACUCCUCUCACGGAGGUCAGCGGACGACUGCCUAUGACGCACGCAGCAAACAUACUCUUUGCAGUAGCUGCAGUCGUCUGCGCAACCAGUGUUAGCGUAUCUAUGCUCAUCGUAUCGCGCCUCUUUAUGGGGAUAGCUAGCUCUGUGCCCGUGACUGUCGGUGGAGGGUUCAUUGCGGAUAUGAUGCCAAUGGAAAAGAGAGGGACGGCAAUGACGAUCUGGACCGUGGGACCACUUGGUAUGUUUACUUAUUUUUCAGGGCCCAUUUUCGGGGGUUUUAUGGUUCAAGACAUCGGGUGGCGAUGGACCAUUUGGCUUGAAGUAAUUCUUGGUGGAUGCAUUGUGAUUGCAUCUCUGAUAUUUCUCCGUGAGACAUACGCACCCACAAUCCUUCAUCGCAAAGCAAUGCGACUACAGAAAGAGACCGGACUUCACUUCCAUACCGAGUAUGACUCUGAUAAGACACUCUCCCAUCAGAUCUGGGUUUCGAUUGCCCGUCCGGUCAAAUUCCUGGCUCUCUCGCCCAUUGUCUUCAUUGUUUCCUUCUACAGCUCCAUCACCUACAGCUACAUGUAUAUCAUGUUUACGACUUUCACGAGCGUGUUCGAAGGUGUAUAUGGGUUUACAGCAGGCCAAGCAGGCCUCGCCUAUCUGGGACUGGGGCUUGGCUUCUGUGUUGGACAGAUCACGGUCGGUUACUUUUCUGACCGUUAUCUCAAGAAGCAAGAGAAGCGCCAUGGACAGAUGAAGCCAGAAGACCGCCUCCCACCUCUGGUGUUCGGAUGCUGCCUGAUCCCCAUCGGGCUAUUUUGGUACGGCUGGUCCGCAGAAUACCGACUACACUGGAUUGUUCCUAUCUCUGGAACAUUUUUCGUUGGAGCGGGAAUCUUCUACGUCCACUUGGUCACUCAAGUAUACUUGGUCGACUCAUACACACUUUAUGCCGCCAGUGCUGUGUCCGCAGAGCUUGCGCUGCGAUGUAUCUUUGGAGCCACUAUUCCAUUGGCUGCCGACCCUUUGUACGAUGCGCUUGGAUUGGGGUGGGGGAACAGUUUGCUGGGAUUUAUUGCGCUCCUCUUCGCUCCCAGUUCUCUAUUCCUGGUUAAGUACGGGGAGAGGAUUCGGACCAAUCCCAAGUUUCGGCCCCGGAUGACAUGA